AGGGCGGUUCCCAGAGCCCUCACGAACCGGGACACAGGGGAAGGGAGACUCACAACCCUCUGCCGUGGAGUCAAAGUUUGCUCUUGACAUCCGACAGUUGAAAUGACCAAUCACCCAUCGCACUCCAACGGCAUGCAGAGUCUCCGGAAGGAGCACCUGUACAAGGUGUUGGUGAUCGGGGAUCUCGGGGUCGGGAAGACCUCCAUCAUCAGGCGUUACGUCCAUCAGACCUACUCCACAAACUACCGGGCCACCAUCGGGGUGGACUUCGCCUUGAAAGUGCUGAACUGGGACUCAGAGACGGUCAGACUUCAGCUGUGGGACAUUGCAGGUCAGGAACGUUUUGGGAACAUGACGAGAGUGUAUUACCGCGAGGCAAUGGGAGCCGUCAUAGUGUUCGACGUGACGCGACCCACGACCUUUGAGGCGGUCAUUAAGUGGAAAGAGGACCUGGACUCUAAAGUGAUGCUGGCUAAUGGACAGAGUAUAGCAACCGUGCUGCUGGCUAACAAGUGUGACCAGGGCAGGGAGCUGACAAACAACGGCAUCAAAAUGGACCAGUUCUGCAAGGACCACGGCUUUGUCGGCUGGUUCGAGACGUCUGCUAAGGACAAUCUCAACAUAAGCGAAGCUGCAAACUUCCUGGUCAAGCACAUCAUGGCUACAGAGAAUGACAUUCUGAAAUCUGUGGUCCCAGACACCAUCUCACCACAGAUUGACUCCAACAGGCAAAUGAGCUGCUCUGGCUGUUUCAAAUAAUGACAAGAGAUGACCAGCCGGACUCAAAAGGCUUCUCUGGAAAGGCUUCUUUGGUUGGUUAUACCAGAGUUGAACAUUUCAGCUUGUUAUUACUUUGGUGGAGAAAGCCAAAGCUCACGUGGACUCAAUAUGUUUUGGUCACAAAACAUCCUGCGAUAGUGAUGUUUUUUUCUCGGUAAGUGAUACAGUUGUCGGUGUUGUUAGCAUGAUGUGGUCACACGAGACAGCACAGACAAGAAAUCAGUGUAAAAAUGGUUUUAUUUACCUGAUAAGGCUUCUCCUCCGUUCUCUUUUUUUUUGCUGCAGUCCAGUUUAAAAUGGACUGUUAACAUCCACCUGUCCCCGAUCAAAGGGAACAAAGGUCUUCUCUGUAUAAUUCUACACUAGUAUGUGCAAAUACAGAAUGACACCAGGCGUGGAUAAACUUGCAUACACAGAAAUUUUUACCAUUUCAUCAAGUUUGCUGUCCUUAAUGCGCUUCCUCUGUUUAUGAGUAAACCCACUAAACCAGAGAAAACGCACUACGACAGAUAAUAAGACUCUCUUUGAUACUAUGAUAAACAAGCCACAGAGAGCACUGCAGACCAAUUUCUCUGAAUCCAGAAUUUAUUACUUUGUAUCCAUGUGAACUCUGCGCAUACUUUGUUCCGGUGACUUUAAGUUAUUUGAGAUGUGCUUUUAUUAAUGUAAUAUGGUGAAUGUGAUGUAUAAAACUCUUUCAAAUCCAUCCUACGGACUGUUGUGUAAGCCUUAUUUAAUUUUAAUGGUUUAAGUAACAACACAUUCAUAUUUAUAGCAACAACUUUCACACGAGACGGCAGUAGUGUGAAAACUGACUUAAAAACACUGUCUAAGACACAAAUAUUGGCUAAGUGCCAUUUCAACUGACUUAUCUGGUGAAUUUUUUUGAUGGUCGAUGGUAACAUUUUAAUAAUGUAAUGUCAUGUUAAUGUGUUAUAUGUGUUAUAUUUUUUAACUGAAUGAUAUGUGUAUGUGGGAUACUUUGAGUUAUCAAACAAAGUUAUAUUGAUCUUCUACUUGUAAACUGGACACUUGUCUGUUAAAAAAACAGUAGCCAUGGCAACUGCAGGCUUUUUUCAUGGGUAUGGUUUAUGUGAUCGUCUAAGUGAAGCAAUGUCUCGUUGUUCCAUGCACGCACAGUUGAUCUGUAAAUGCCAAAGCAUAUUCACAAAUAGACUAAAUGUCUUUCUUCUGCCGCUGUCUCUAAUGAUAAUUGUCUCCACUUUUUCUCCCACAUGCAGUAAGGAUGAAACAACUUUAUUUUGUUUUGAUUGUCAAGAGCACGCUGCUUGGAUGUGAAUGUGGAUUCCUUUUUUUCAAAGGCACUGUGUACGUGUUACUGGUUGCAUUGUCUGCACAGAGCCAGGCCAAACCUCAUUACCACUGUUCUGUCUUACAAUGAAGAGCUUUGACCUCAUAUUAACUCCAGAUUAGUUUCUUGGAGUGCUACAUUUGCCUUACAGAUUCAUAGAAUUAAGAGUAUUGUGCGGUCUCUUAUAAUAAUUGUCUGCUGACAUAUGUUGUUUCCUCCAAUUUGCACAGUGUUUAUGAGGCUAAAACAAAGAGGCCAUUGUAUUAUUGUUUUUGUUGGUAAUUAACGUCAUGCAUACGAAGCCCUGAUAAAUCUAAAGAAUGCCUUGUGGACAGAUUAGUUUUACAUUUUGAAGGUGUGUGACUCAUAAAUCAUGUGGUUACAGAGCAGGACCACAUUAGAGAUGUAUCAUGCACAUUCAGACACAGGUCACCACUUUGUGAAUAAUUCCAAUAGACAGGCAAGCCUUAACUGGACAUCUAGAGCUCAUUAUACCACUUGAGGAAUGUACUUGCUGUUUAUUUAUUGUCAAGUUCUUAAAUAAAGGAACCAGUUUUAUUCA